CCAGGUGCGUCAACUCCGCCGCUAUAAAUACCCUCAGAGGGCGGCCGCUAGGGUUUUAGUGCUUCUCUCCCGGCGGCGCCUCCACAUCUCGUCUCUCAGAUCGGGAGGCGAAACCCAGCAGGAAAUUAUAUACAUAUUUGUAGUGUGAUCUUCAUAAGAAGUCAAGAUGGUGAAGUUCACAGCGGAAGAGCUCCGUGCCAUCAUGGACAAAAAGAACAACAUUCGUAAUAUGUCCGUUAUUGCUCAUGUGGACCACGGCAAGUCUACCCUUACAGAUUCCCUUGUGGCAGCUGCUGGGAUUAUUGCCCAGGAAGUUGCUGGUGAUGUCCGCAUGACUGAUACACGUGCAGAUGAAGCAGAGCGUGGUAUUACAAUCAAAUCCACCGGUAUUUCUCUGUACUAUGAGAUGACUGAUGAGUCACUGAAGAGUUACAAGGGUGAGAGAGAUGGUAACCAGUACUUGAUCAACCUUAUCGACUCACCUGGGCAUGUUGAUUUUUCUUCGGAAGUCACAGCUGCCCUUCGUAUCACCGAUGGUGCUCUAGUGGUGGUUGACUGUAUUGAAGGUGUCUGUGUGCAAACUGAAACUGUGCUCCGCCAGGCUCUUGGUGAGAGGAUUAGGCCAGUGCUUACUGUGAACAAGAUGGACAGGUGUUUCCUUGAGCUUCAGGUUGAGGGUGAGGAAGCCUACCAGACUUUCUCCCGUGUCAUUGAGAAUGCCAAUGUCAUUAUGGCAACAUAUGAAGAUAAGCUCCUUGGUGAUGUCCAAGUCUACCCGGAGAAGGGAACUGUUGCUUUCUCUGCUGGUCUGCACGGCUGGGCCUUUACCCUCACCAACUUUGCCAAGAUGUAUGCUUCGAAGUUUGGAGUUGAUGAAACUAAGAUGAUGGAGAGGCUCUGGGGUGAGAACUUCUUUGACCCAGCGACAAAGAAGUGGACCACCAAGAACACAGGCUCUGCUACCUGCAAGAGAGGAUUUGUUCAGUUCUGCUAUGAGCCAAUCAAGCAAAUCAUCAACACCUGCAUGAAUGACCAGAAGGAUAAGUUGUGGCCCAUGCUUCAAAAGCUUAAUGUUACCAUGAAGUCUGAUGAGAAGGAAUUGGUUGGCAAGGCUUUGAUGAAGCGUGUUAUGCAAACUUGGCUUCCAGCUAGUACUGCACUGCUUGAGAUGAUGAUAUUCCACCUUCCUUCCCCAUCAAAGGCACAAAAGUAUCGUGUGGAGAACUUGUACGAGGGACCCCUUGAUGAUAUCUAUGCUACUGCUAUCAGGAACUGUGAUCCGGAGGGUCCUCUUAUGCUGUAUGUUUCUAAGAUGAUUCCAGCAUCUGACAAGGGCAGGUUCUUUGCCUUUGGUCGUGUCUUCUCUGGGAAGGUUGCUACUGGUAUGAAGGUUAGGAUCAUGGGUCCCAACUAUGUCCCUGGCCAGAAGAAGGAUCUGUACGUCAAGAGUGUCCAGCGUACUGUUAUCUGGAUGGGAAAGAAACAAGAGUCUGUUGAGGAUGUUCCUUGUGGUAACACUGUUGCUAUGGUUGGUCUGGAUCAGUUCAUCACGAAGAAUGCUACACUCACCAAUGAGAAGGAGGUUGAUGCAUGCCCAAUCAGAGCAAUGAAGUUCUCUGUCUCCCCUGUUGUGCGCGUUGCUGUUCAGUGCAAGGUUGCCUCUGACCUACCCAAGCUCGUUGAAGGUUUGAAGCGUCUGGCAAAGUCUGAUCCUAUGGUCCUCUGUACAAUUGAAGAAUCUGGUGAGCAUAUUAUUGCUGGAGCUGGUGAGCUUCACCUUGAGAUUUGCCUGAAGGAUCUGCAGGAAGACUUCAUGGGUGGUGCUGAAAUUAUUGUUUCUCCUCCUGUUGUCUCUUUCCGUGAAACUGUUCUUGAGAAAUCCUGCCGAACAGUCAUGAGCAAGUCCCCCAACAAGCACAACCGUCUUUACAUGGAAGCCCGUCCCUUGGAAGAGGGUCUCCCUGAGGCUAUUGAUGAGGGCCGCAUUGGUCCACGUGAUGAUCCCAAGGUACGCUCCAAGAUCCUCUCUGAGGAGUUUGGUUGGGACAAGGAUCUUGCCAAGAAGAUUUGGUGCUUUGGACCUGAGACCACUGGCCCGAACAUGGUUGUUGAUAUGUGUAAGGGAGUGCAGUACCUCAAUGAAAUCAAGGAUUCUGUUGUGGCUGGCUUCCAGUGGGCCUCAAAGGAGGGUGCACUGGCCGAGGAGAACAUGCGUGGCAUCUGCUUUGAGGUCUGUGAUGUUGUUCUUCAUGCUGAUGCAAUUCACAGGGGUGGUGGCCAGGUCAUUCCAACUGCCAGGAGGGUUAUUUAUGCUUCUCAGCUCACUGCCAAGCCAAGGCUGCUCGAGCCAGUUUACCUUGUGGAGAUCCAGGCCCCAGAAAAUGCACUUGGUGGUAUCUAUGGUGUUCUGAACCAGAAGAGAGGGCACGUGUUUGAGGAGAUGCAGAGGCCUGGUACCCCGCUCUACAACAUCAAGGCUUACCUCCCUGUCAUCGAGUCCUUCGGGUUCUCCAGCCAACUGAGGGCUGCAACCUCUGGCCAGGCGUUCCCUCAGUGUGUGUUUGACCACUGGGACAUGAUGGGCUCUGAUCCUCUGGAGGCCGGCUCCCAGGCUGCUCAGCUGGUGUUGGAUAUCCGCAAGAGGAAGGGUCUCAAGGAGCAGAUGACCCCUCUUUCUGAGUUCGAGGACAAGCUCUAAAUUUUGGUGGUUUGUGCUGCUGUUACCCAUGCUGGUUUCAUGGCCAAUUCGUCUACUGUAACGGGAACUACUUUCAUGUUUCAUUUCCUUUAGUUGUCAGAUGCAUCUGUUUUUGAACAUCAUUGGCCAUAUGGCAUUGUGCUGCUAAGACUGUAUUUUGUUAUCCGGUUGUGAUGUAACAGAUGAAAUAGAGUUCGUAUCUGUGGUUUAAGUGGUAGUAUUUGCGGUA